AUGGCUGCGUCCACCCUGUCCGUCUGCUCCAGCGACCUGAGCUACGGCAGCUGCGUCUGUCUGCCCGGCUCCUUGGACUCCUGCCCCGACUCCUCCUGGCAGGUGGACGACUGCCCAGAGAGCUGCUGCGAGCCCCCCUGCUGUGCCCCCCCCUGCUGCGCCCCCAGCUGUUGCCAGUCCAGUGGCUGCACCCCUGUGAGCUGUGGGUCCAGCCCCUGUCUGACCCUCAUCUGCACCCCCGUGAGCUGUGGGUCCAGCCCCUGCCAGUCAGCCUGCACCAGCUCCUGCCAGCCCUCCUGCUGCAGCUCCUUCCCCUGCCAGGAAGCCUGCGGUGCGUCCGUCUGCUGCACCCCUGUCUGCUGCAGGCCCGUCUACUGCACCCCUGUCUGCUGCCAGGCCUCCCCCUGCUCGGCCUCCUCAUGCUGCCAACAGUCUAGCUGCCAGCCCUCCUGCUGCAGCUCCUCCCCCUGCCAGGAAGCCUACAAUGUGUCCGUCUGCUGCACCCCUGUCUGCUGCAAGACCAUCGGCUGCACCCCUGUCUGCUACGAGUCCUCCCCCUGCUCAGCCCCCUCCUGCAACCAGCCCAGCCCCUGCUCCUUGUCCUGCUGCAGACCCUCUUCUUCCAUGUCCCUGCUCUGCCGGCCCGUGUGCAGGCCCGCCUGCUGCGUACCCGCCUCCUCCUGCCAGCCCAGCUGCUGCCGCCGGGCCUCCUGCAUGUCCCUGCUCUGCCGGCCCAUAGGCUCCCGCCAGGCCUGCUACAUGCUCACCUCAGCCCAGAAGUCCUGCUGCUGA